AUGAUUGGUCUUAUCAUAGGAAUUAUAUUCAAUCUGAUUGGUGUAGCUAAGAAUGAGUUCUUUCUCGACAGUGAGGUGUUCAUGCUUUAUCUACUGCCACCAUUAGUGUUUGAUGCUGGAUACUUCAUGCCUGCUCGGCAAUUUUUCGAUAACUUGGGUUCCAUCCUCUGCUUUGCUAUGAUUGGUACCACCUUCAACAUUGUGGCUAUCUCGCUCUCCCUCUGGGCUAUCUCGUUGACUGGUUUAUUCUCUGUUGAAACUCCGCUGAUUCACUUAUUACUUUUUGGAUCUGUGGCUGCUGAUGUCGACCCUGUUGCUGUCAUAGUUAUUUUCGAAGAGUUGGGGGUAAGGUGA